UGGGGGAUUUUAUGUCGAAAAAUUUCAAACAUCUCUCAAAGGCGUUUGAAAUCGGACACCGCUGGCGUUGAGGCCCUCACUUUUUGUGCGGAGGGAUACGUUGUUGCGUCUGACAAUGUGGACGGAGGUGGUGAAGAUGUCUACGAGAAGAAUGAAAUCAUCUCAGUUGUAACAACAAAAACGGAAGACGUGAUAUUUGUACCUAAAAUAGAAGUGUUUGCACACAGACUCGCGGCUCUCGGGCAGGCACGUGGACGCUCCGCGAGACGCAGGCUCCCCGGGACAAAAGGAAGACAUCUGUGUGCUCCCAAUGCGUUUCAUGCACUGAGGUCGAAAUUCUCUUGAAGUUUUAUGUUUUUCUCCCUGCGGGUCUCUGCGUUUCUUUUCACGGUUGGAUAUCGGACCCUCGGAGCAGAGAGGGUUGGUUAGAGGCUGAAGGGUAUGAGCGAGCAGCAGCAAAGAAUGGCUGCAGUGGAAACUGACAAGGAACUCAGCGACCUCCUGGAUUUCAGCGCGAUGUUUGCGCCGCCAGUCGCCAACGGGAAGAACCGGACCAUGACUCUGGCCAGCACUCACUUCGCUGGAUCAGAUGAACGCAGCGGCUCCGGGUCCUGGGGUUCUGCAGAACAGAACAGUCCCUCGUUCAGCCAAGGACGGGGCUACGGAGAUGGAACCCACUUCAGUGAGCAUGAAGGCCUGUCAUCUCCGUUCAUCAGUUCAGGGAUUUCUGGUAAAGCUGACCGGCCGUAUCCUCAUUUUGGGAGUCAGCCUAAUUUUCUUCCCAGCGACAUACCGAUGCCAAGCCCAGAUGCCAUGUCCCCCUCUGGCCUCAAGUCUGGUUCUCAGUUUUACCCGUCCUACCCCAACAACCCCAGGAGAAGGCCGCCCGAAGGAGGUUUAGAUGCCCAGCCAAAGAAGAUCCGGAAACCCCCCGGCCUGCCUUCCUCGGUUUACGUUUCCACGUCAGGGGAGGAGUUUGCCAGAGACGGUGCAGGAUACGCGGGCGCGAAGCCUGGCGCCGUCUAUCCCGGCUCCUUCUUCAUGCAAGAAGACCCCUGGUCCUCUUCCAGCUACUCCCCCAUGCUGGGGAACAUUGGACAGCCAGGCUCCUUCCCCGCCAUCAGCGACAGAAUGAACUACCCCCUGCAUAGCACCGAAGUUAACGGCUUCCACACAGCCCCCACCACCUACAACCACACACCCACCCUCAACGGAGAAAGCAUUAUGGCGGCCGGCCGAGGCACCACAGCCAGCAGCUCGGGGGACGAGAUCGGGAAGGCUCUGGCAUCGAUUUAUCCGUCAGACCACAACAGUAACAACUUCCCGUCUGCUCCUUCUACUCCUGGAUCUCCUCAGGCCAUCGCAGGAGCUCCGUCUCAGUGGCAAAGACCAACCACCCCCCCGUUUGAAGGCCAACCUCACGCACUGCAGAGUAAAAUGGAGGACCGUUUGGAGGAGGCCAUCCACGUUCUCCGCAGCCACGCUGUGGGCCAGAGCCCCGCCUUAGACAGCACUCACAGUGACAUGCACGGCCUGCUGCCCCCCGUGCACAACGGGGGCCUGGGAGGCCUGUCUCCGGCUUUCCCCAACGCCAGCCUCGCGCUCAGCAACAGACAUCCGGCCAUGCAGGGGGGGAAACACGAGGAACCUGCCGGACUUCCUCCCAGCAGCACUCUCCUGCACGGUCACCACGCAUCAGGACCCACGCAGCCUGUCAGCCAGUCAGAAGGCUUCACUGGUCUCCCCGGGGGCUUGGCUCGCUCCUCACACUCCUCCAGCAGCUCCGACAUCAAAAGAGAAGACAAAGAGGACGAUGAGAACUCCUCCGUGGCAGACAAAUCAGAGGAUGAGAAGAAGGAUCCCAAAUCGGCUCGCAGUCGGACAAGAAAGGAGGCGUUGACCCUCCAGAUGUUCUCUGGCCUAUCAGACCAGAAAGAUGAUCUGGACGAGGAUGACGAGGACGUUCCCCCCGAGGUGAAGAUGGAGCGCGAGAGGGAGCGGCGAGUGGCCAACAACGCCCGAGAGCGUCUGCGGGUCCGGGACAUCAACGAGGCCUUCAAGGAGCUCGGCAGGAUGUGCCAGCUGCACCUCAGCCACGACAAACCUCAGACCAAACUUCUCAUCCUCCACCAAGCCGUCAACGUCAUCCUGAACUUAGAACAACAAGUCAGAGAGCGCAACCUCAACCCCAAGGCUGCGUGUUUAAAACGGCGCGAGGAGGAAAAGGUGUCCGGGGUGGGGGCGGAGGCUCCCAUGCAGCUCUCAGGAGGCCACCCCAGCAUGGGCGGAGACGGCCACAACCCAGUUGGUCACAUGUAACAGCAGACCUGGUGGUGUUUCCCGGCUGUCUAUGGAUGUGGCCUUAAAAUGUUUCUUCCACCCAUUACUCUGCGUGUGUGUGUGUGUAUGUGUGUGUGUGUGCGCGUGCGUACGUGCACGUGGACAUGUCUGUGUAUUGUCCGUUCAUGUUUGCUGAAUGCAGAUUCACACACUCAUACACAUGUGCAUACUGCCAAAACUGACACAGCCUGUCCGCCGCACUCCCAACCAAGACUACGAGUGAAAAUGUGAAGAACUUUCCUUUUGUUUUCUACGCCUCAGAUUCUCUUUCUGCUUUCCGGGGUUCCACACGCUCGAACGGCGGAGUACUUUUCUUUUUUUGUCCUGACGCACUCGGGAACUACACACACUGCCAAGAGGUGCUCUGGUGGGGGGGGGGGCAAAGGAGACCUAACAAACACAAAUUGAAUUAUUAGGAAUUUGUGCCUAAUUGUUACAUAUUUUCUAACUGAAAUUGAAGCAAAUUGUUUUCCAUGCGAGGAACAUUUGUGAGGGACUGCUUAUGUGUAUGAGCAACUAUUUUAAUGUAUGUCAUUCCCAGCGUGAUGGUACAGUCUUACAUAUGUUAUGUAACCCAGAGCUGACGCUUCUCCUCGUGCACGUGUUUGCUGGUUUGACUGCAGCGUCCCUGGAUUCGGUCCGGAUCCAGGCCGAGUCGAUCUCCUCCCAAACGUGGGGGCUUGCAGUCAGACUCCUUCCGUUGACUGUUAUGAAUUAUCCAAGAGGUGGAACCGGUCCGGAGAACCGCUCUGCCUCUUUUUUUUUUUUAGUCCAAAUUCUAGCAUUAAUCCUGCGGCCCCGCCUGGUGUCAUCCAGGUUCUCCUGCUUUAUGUUCUAAGGCACACAGACGAUGGAAAGCACAGUAGUGUCCAGAAAAGGCUGGAGUCCAAGUGUCGGCCUGCAGUUCAGCUCCUCAGCUCCUCUAUCAAAGCCAUGGACUGACCAGCACCGCGGGUGCAGGUCCUUUUCCUAUUCAAAUGGUUGACUGUGCCAGCAGAUGCGUGGCGCUCAGCGGGGAGGGGUGUAAACCACAAAGGUCUGGGUUCUUCUGAAGGAGGACGCCGCGUGCUGCCGCUGCCUGAGCAGACGAGCCUUUGAGCAAACCCAGGCGUUGUUUUCCUAAACGAGCAUUCCCACUGAAUUACAGCCCCUCACCUUUCUCCUGAGUGAGUGAGUCUUCUCACCUUUUCACUGAGAGAAGUGUGACGUGUAAAUUCAAUUCAUUCAUUGUUUCAUUUUUCAAAAUUAAAUAUAUAUAAAAAUAUAUAUUUUUUGUUAGUCUAUACAUUGUAGAUUUUUUACAUAAAUGGCAAUAUUAGUUAAAAGUUUAGAGUGUAUUGUAGAUGAGCUGUAAAAGGGGAAGUUCGUGUUGAACUGAACUGGGAUGGCAGAAGGAAAAUGAUCAAUAGAUGAUAAAGAAAAGUGUUUGUUAUAUCCUUUUUAUUCCAGUUUUAGUUGUAAGACGCAUCAUCAGCGACCGGGAAUCGAACUCUUGUCUUUCCAUUGGUGGACGGCGUGUGCCGCAGUCGUGUCGAGGCGCUCUCACCGGGGCGAUCGGAGGGUUUUGUGUCCAACAGUAAUUAUUAUUAUGCAACAGGUUUUUGAAUGUAGCUCUGGUAGAAGGAUGGCGUUUCAUCAGGAGGGUUUCAUGUUUGGGUUGGUCCGCCCUCAAACCAAACGGCCGUGUGUGCAGCUCUCCGUCGGCUUCCUGCACACAAUGGAUAAAAUGGAGAACAAAACAGUGUUAUUGUGUUUAUUUUUUCCCAUGUCAUGUUGUUAAAGGUUUCUUUUUACCAACAUGUAAUCAGAAGUGGGAGUGAGAGCAUUUUGUCCGUUUUGGUUUCUACAAGAAGAUGAAGAAAAACACCUAUACAAAUCAACAGUGUGGCCUUUUCAUUCUCAAGACUUAAGAUGUCAGGAUGGGAGAGUGAAGCUUUAUCAGUGCCUGAACUAGUUUGUUUCAGUUCUGAGCGUUUUCUGUUGUGAACCAUAUCAUUUCAUUGUCAUGGAGAUUAAAGAGGUACUUGUUCAUUCCCUGACCCCUCCUGCUCCUAAUGUUUUUUUUGUUUUUGUUUUUUUAAUUUUCAGGAAGAAGUUUAAAUGGUAUAAAAAGAUUUUCUUUCAGUGUAUCUAGUUAAUAAAUAAAUGUUAUCAUAGACCAUGUUUACUUUUGUUUUUGUUUCCCCGUCCUCCUCCUCCUGCUACUGGAUCUGUCUGCUUUUUGGAUGCAGGUCCAGCGGCUCCACCGCUUCAGCCCCUGAAAAUCCCGUCGGCGUGAACAUUAAAGAUCCCGCAGCAGUUUUCAGGUUCAGGUCCUCCAGACCAAACGUCUGAAAUGAUGUGGAGGGAAGCCUGCCUCUUAGAUUCCUGUCCAAACACAUCUGAUAACUUUAGAACGUCGUGGAAAUUUGACUGAAGAUCAUUUCAUGCUAAGGAUAAAUAAACAAGGAAAAGUUCGGACCCAAGUGCAGUUUAGAUGCUGCGGUGUCUGAAAACUAUGGACUUUAUUUUUGGGUCACUGAAUGAAAGUUUUGCCCUAAAUGGUGGUGAGACCACCAAGUGUUAACUAUUGAACCCAGAGGACCGUGUUUACUCCUACAGAGUCCUCUCAAUAUUUCUAUGUACCCAUCAGUUUAAGAUAACCUGUAAAUGUAGCAAUAAAUGUGCCAUUUUUAAAGCAGAUUUAUACAUUUUCCAAUGUCUGGUUUUGAAUAUUGUAUACAGAGAAAGUUAAACCAUUUUAAUAAAGGGUUUAAACCACA